GCACAAAAACUGGACAUGUUCUGUUGCUGUAAAACUGGAAAAUGCAAUAAAGUCGGAGCAGUAAGAAAGUGGGUGGAAGAGGGAUCUACCCAUAAGAGUUUAAGAGGCUCUGCUCUCUCUACUGGAAGAGAAAUUGUGGAGAAAUUAGAAAGGGAAAAGAGCACAACUUUUGUUGAAUACUCUGUGAUCUCGGGGAUUUUAUUCGUGGAAUCAAGGUUCACAGAAAGUGCUAGGAAAGCUCGCAGAGCCAAACGACGUUGGCGCAGUGUUUCAUUUGAUCUGCCAGAUGAAGAGCAAGAAGAGAACGAUCAUUUAAUGUCUUUGCUUGAAGAUAUUGAGAAUAUGAAUCUUUCAAAUAAAACUGAAAUUAUUAGGAAUACCAAGACCACCACCAUGAGCAACACUGUCCCAGCUAUUGGCAAGCCUGCCCCUGUCUUCAAGGGCACUGCCGUUGUUGAUGGGCAGUUCAAGGAGAUUUCCCUGGAGGAUUACAAGGGCAAAUAUGUCAUUUUCUUCUUCUACCCUUUGGAUUUCACCUUUGUCUGCCCCACUGAAAUUAUCGCCUUCUCUGACCGUGUUGAAGAAUUCAGGAAAAUUGGAUGCGAAGUGGUUGCUUGCUCUACAGACUCCCACUUCUCCCACCUUGCUUGGAUCAAUACUCCUCGCAAGGAAGGUGGUCUUGGUACCAUGAAGAUUCCUCUUCUGGCUGACAAGUCAAUGGAAGUUGCAAAGGCUUACGGAGUUCUUAAGGAGGACGAAGGCAUUGCUUUCAGAGGCCUCUUCGUUAUUGACGGCAAGCAGAAUCUCCGUCAGGUAACCAUCAAUGACUUGCCAGUUGGGCGUGACGUAGAUGAAACACUGCGAUUAGUACAGGCCUUCCAGUUCACAGAUGAGCACGGUGAAGUAUGCCCUGCUGGCUGGAAACCCGGAGCCAAGACAAUGAAGGCUGAUCCUGCUGGCAGCAAAGAAUACUUCCAGAACGAAAAUUAAUAUAAUGACCUCUUUACUUUGAUUUUUUUUUUUUUUUUCUCCUUUUAUAAAAGAUUUUGGAUCUGUCUUGUUCAAAAAGAGUUGGCAUUCAGGAUAUGGCAUUAGGUUCAUUCUGGUAAUGAUAUUUCCUUUUGUUAAAACCGGUUUGAAAGCUCAAGUAAUUACAGUACACAACAUAGUUUGAAUCAAAAUAAGUUCAGGUUAUUUUGAAGAAAAGCUGCGUUAUUUCACAGUAUCAGUAUUCUAUGUUUAGAAGGUGUAUAUUUAAUCAAUAAACUUGCCAGUCA